UAGCAACAAGAAGCACCUGCAUAAAAGAUGCCACAGAGAGUGAUCACCAGAAAACCUAUUCAGAUCUUUAAAAGGAGCACAUCAGUAACAAAGAUAGCACUCUUCACCGGUAAAAAUUGAGAAGUACCAAGAGAACUCAGAAAAGCAGGAUCUCUUGGAAAAGAUGGUACUGGAAACUCUGAAUCUAAUGCACUACAACAUCACCAGCCUAGUUCCAGAUAUGAUGCCAGUGGCUACAGUGCCUGUACUCAUUCUCAUGUGCUUUCUGUUUCUAAUGUGGAAUCAUGAAGAAACUUCAUCAAUACCAGGGCCAGGAUACUGUAUGGGAAUCGGACCCCUCAUUUCACAUGGGAGAUUUCUUUGGAUGGGAGUAGGUAAUGCCUGCAACUACUACAAUAAGACAUAUGGAGAAUUUGUGAGAGUUUGGAUCAGCGGUGAAGAAACAUUUAUAAUUAGCAAAUCCUCAAGUGUGUUCCAUGUAAUGAAACACUGGCAUUAUGUUUCUCGAUUUGGGAGCAAGCUUGGAUUACAAUGCAUUGGCAUGUAUGAAAAUGGGAUCAUAUUCAAUAACAACCCAGCACACUGGAAAGAAAUUCGACCCUUUUUCACCAAAGCUCUGUCUGGUCCUGGUCUUGUGCGUAUGAUAGCAAUUUGUGUUGAAUCAACAAUUAAUCACCUGGACAAACUAGAGGAAGUAACCACUGAAGUAGGAAACAUCAAUGUGUUGAAUCUUAUGAGACGGAUCAUGCUUGACACAUCUAACAAGCUUUUUCUUGGGAUUCCUUUGGAUGAAAGUGCCAUUGUACUUAAGAUUCAAAACUACUUUGAUGCUUGGCAAGCACUUUUAUUAAAGCCCGACAUCUUUUUUAAGAUUUCUUGGCUGCGCAAGAAAUAUGAAGAGGCAGUCAAGGAUCUGAAAGGAGCAAUGGAAAUCUUAAUAGAACAGAAACGACAAAUGCUUUCCACUGUUGAAAAGCUGGAUGAACACAUGGAUUUUGCAUCCCAGUUGAUUUUUGCACAGAACAGAGGGGAUCUGACUGCUGAGAAUGUGAACCAGUGUGUGCUGGAGAUGAUGAUUGCCGCUCCUGAUACUCUGUCUGUGACUCUCUUCUUUAUGCUAAUACUGAUUGCAGAGCACCCCACAGUGGAAGAGGAGAUGAUGAGAGAAAUUGAAACUGUUAUGGGUGACAGAGACGUACAGAGUGAUGACAUGCCGAACUUAAAAGUCGUGGAGAAUUUUAUUUAUGAGAGCAUGAGGUACCAGCCAGUUGUGGACUUGAUCAUGCGAAAAGCUUUACAAGAUGAUGUAAUUGAUGGCUAUCCUGUGAAAAAGGGGACAAACAUUAUUCUCAACAUUGGACGUAUGCAUAAGCUUGAAUUCUUCCCAAAGCCAAAUGAGUUUUCUCUUGAAAAUUUUGAGAAAAAUGUUCCUUCACGCUAUUUUCAACCCUUUGGUUUUGGCCCUCGGGGCUGUGUAGGAAAGUUUAUUGCCAUGGUAAUGAUGAAAGCAAUUCUGGUGACUCUUCUGAGACGGUGCAGAGUACAGACAAUGAAAGGAAGAGGCCUUAACAACAUCCAGAAAAACAAUGACUUAUCCAUGCACCCAAUAGAAAGGCAACCGCUGCUGGAGAUGGUUUUCACACCAAGAAGGAACACGAACAAGAACCAGGGUGACUAAAACAGAUCAGCUUUAAUUUACAGGGCUUUCUCAGUCAGAGCAACUAAGAAAUACACAUCAUUCCUAGGUAAAGUUAUAGAGUAAAACAUUUUGUUGCCCCUAAAUGGCUACAACUUCAGCUGAGAACUUGUUCUGCCCACACAGCAGAACCAGGUUCUGGCCACAGCUUCAAAGUAAUAAAGAAAGACUAAAAUUACGAAAUAAUCCUGUUGCUAGGUGAUGCCACAAUAUAUGCAGGAUUCCUGGCUACUUUCUAAAACCAUCAAGUUCAGAUGAUGUUAUGCUUUGCUUUUCAAACCGUGCAAGUUCAAAGGUUUGGGGGUCAACAAAAGAACAUGCCUGACGUGUUUAAUUCCAGGACUGCAUGAGUCCCUCUCUUCCCAACCUCCUCGAAGCUGGAUCUAGCGGUAUUUGACUAUUGCAAAAGCUCUAAUUAUCUAUUUUUGAAAACAUCUGUAUGAAUAAUAUCAAAGUUGAUUUUAAGACUAUGAAACAGUUUAAAAUAUUUAGGACAUAUCUAAGUUAUAAAAAUGUCUAUACAAGAAGUCAUUCAAACAUUUUUCUUUACUGUGUUUUGCUGUUAUACCAUGCUGCUUGAUACCAAAGACUUACAGUGUCAGAUAGAUUUUACUGAUGGUAAUAAUUUCCAGAGUACUGGGUAAUAAUGAUAGUCAAGAUAACUGUUUUUAAAAGUCAACAUUGUGCUAUAGAGUAUGCAAGAGAGGAUCUGUAAACACCUUGGUAAAGACCAUUUUAGAACAAGAUGAUGAACAUGUAACAUUACCGCUAGUAUUACACAGGAGCCAGGGGGGCAACACUCAGCUCCACCUCAUCUGGUUAACUGUAGAAAAUUCCCACCUCACCUCAGUGCUAUAUUGGCAUAAACCUUUGGAAUAUCUAAUGUAACUUCUACUUCUACCAUCUCCAUAGCCUUUAAACUAGGAAAUUGUUAGAGCUGUUGGGAGAAGAAAAAACAAACUAACACAAAAAAAACCCAAACAGAAACCCCUACCCUCCACUCUCUCUCUCAAAAAAAAAAAAAAAAAAGGAAAAAAAAAAAAGAAAAA